AUGCGCUUGGAUCUAUUCGUUUGGACCGCGACAGUAUACAUUGGGCUCGCCAGUGCGGAGCCCGCGCCAAUUGUAUGCACGUCCUCCACAGAAUACGUUGGGUACGAUGGGCAAUGGUCGCCGAUCACUAUCCGAGUCGGCGCUCCUGAGCAAUGGCUCUCUGUUCUACCGAGUACGUUGUCGCAGGAGACCUGGGUCAUGGGACUGUCGGCAUGCGAUGGUACCAGCGCAUGUCAAGCUGCUAGAGGUGGUCUGUUCUCGUCGAACGGUUCCAGCACAUUUCAGAGCCUGGGCCUGUAUGAGCUAGGCGACAGUGCAGUUCUGGGCGAUUCACAGGUCGGAUACUAUGGCUUAGACACUAUCAGUCUGAACGAUAUGGCAUUUGAGACAAACCAGAUCAUUGCCAUCCUCAACACAUCUUCUGUAUGGGUUGGCGAAAUCGGACUUGGCGUGCAACAAACACGCAUCAAUGGUUCGGAAACGAGGCUUCCACUCUUGUCGUCAUUGGUGCAGAAUAACAGCAUGAUUCCUAGUCAUAGCUUCGGCUACACAGCUGGAGCGGCCUAUCUGCUGAAAGGCGUUCCGGCGUCUUUGACACUGGGUGGCGUCGACCAAAACCGCUUCGACUCGAACAAUCUAAAUCUGACGCUGAGUUCUGAUUAUGCCCCAGUUCUGGCUGUCAAUGCUAUCAGCGUCGCGACUUCCUCAGAGGAGCUGCCUUCCACGUGGAACGCGAACCCCACAGCCCUGCUGGAGAAAUCGGAAGCAGCGACGUUCACUGUCGAUUCUUCCACCCCAUUCCUAUGGAUGCCGCCAACCGUCUGCGAAAGAAUUGCUGAUGCACUCGGACUCUACUACAACGAGACACUGGAGCUAUACUUCUACAAUGACACCAUUUCAACACCAGACGCGCUGGCGCAGCUGAACUUGACAUUCACAUUCGAAAUCGGUAAUCUACCAGGAUCUACAGAGAAUGUUGAGCUAGCUCUGUCGUAUGGCGCAUUUAACUUAGAACUUUCAUAUGGCUUUCCGGGCUUCGAUGGCAACUUUACUUCCCCUAACGUGCCGUACUUCCCUUUACGCCGCGCAUCCUCGGCGACGGAAUACACUCUUGGGAGGGCAUUUCUGCAAGAGACAUACUUGGCUGUUGACUACGAGAGAAAUACCUUCAGCCUUAGCCAGGCAGUGAUCACAGAACAAUCAGUGAACAAUGUCGAUCUUGCAGCAAUCACACGCCCUAAUAACAGCAUUUUCCCAGGCCCAACGACAUCCGAGAACUCCGGUUUAUCAAGUGGAGCGAAGGCUGGUAUUGGUGUCGGCGUCGCGAUUGCCAUCGUUGCGAGUCUUGUCCUGGUCUGGUGUCUUCUGAGGCGGAAAAGGCGUGCUUCCAGCAGCAAUUCCCCGAUUUUCGAGAAAUCGAAAACAAGGAGGAUUUUCUCCCGAUCGCCGAAGUCACCAGGAUCCAACACUACUGUCUCAGAACUCAUUGGCGAUAAACGCCAACCCACUGAACUGAAUGCCGACAAUACGACAACACGUUUUGAACUCCCUGCCAGCGCGGCAGUGGAAAUGCCAGCAGCAGAAGUCUCUCCUGCUUUCUUCCAGAAUCCAGACGGCCGCAAUAACGUGGGGUCGCGUGGUGACCUUGGCCCACCAGCUGCAGGUAGAACUCAGGGCCAGCGACGCCACAGCAAGGAGGAAGAGGCUGAAGCUGCAAGGAGCGAGCGAUCAGCUUCGCCGGUCCCUCCAUACUCACCUGAACAUGCCCAGCGGCUCAGUGACAGUGUCAGUCCCUACAGUGCACGUCACAGUCGAGGCUUUGGCACAGUCUCGUCAGGCGAGCCAGGUAUCAGUCCAGUCGGCAACAGUUCUGGGAACCCGUCAGAACGCAACAGCAACUCAGCACCUAGUCCAGUGUCGCCCGACGUAACGUUUCAUCGAGCUUUCUCACGCUUCACGCAAGGUAGCGAGCCGAGUUCUAAUGAGAGCAGCUACGGCCAACACCUCACACCACAUGCUCCGGACAGAGCUCCGUCAAGGUCGCCGAGUCGAGGUUCGAGGUUCGUUGAAGAAGGACUCGAGGACGCAUCGGAAGCUCCUCCUUCGAGUUCUCGAAGCGCUCGGUUCAGUUGGGAGGAAUAA